UUGAGGUAGCUGGGAAGGUCUGGUGUGGGAACGCAGAAUCAUACCCUGAAGAGUAAAUAUGAAGUAACUGACAGUGCGCCAAGUAAAUCACUCCCUAAGUUAUAGCUUACACUCGAGGUUGGAAAUCUCGGUCCCUAUGUGAGGCAUUAUUUUAUUUCGUUGCUUUUUAAAAGUGCCAGUAUGUCAAGCAUGAAAAGGCAGAGUUCAUGGCAGGAAGACAUCGCUAGAAACUUUUCCAGGUUGUUUUUAAGGAGCAAAUCGCAGAGCGAGGAGAAAAGCAGCAGCCUAAGCAGCUCAAAUGUCCCGGAAGAUGAUCGAGAAGAGGGACAGAGCCCGGAGUCCGCCCUUGACUUAUCAAAGCCAUUCCGCGGCUCUGGAGCGGAGAGCGAGGACAGCGUGCUGGCCGAUGCGGGAGCCCCCCCCUCGCAGCCCGCCCCCGGCUCGCCCGCCCCCCGCCCCCCGGCGCCGGCCACGCCCACAGCUUCUUUAGAUGCUUUCUUCAGGAAGCUGGGGAGCCUCUUCCAGUCGCCCGGCAAGACGGAGGAGCGGCCCGCAGACGCGGGGCAGCAGCGGCAGGAGCGGGAGGCGCCGGAGCCGGAGCCCAGCCCCGCGGGAAUGACAUGGGCGGUGAAGAGGAGCCCAGAGCAGCGUGACCCUGACGGAGGAGCGCGGCGAGAAGCAGGGGCGCGGCACACGUGUCAGGAGGUGGAGGAGAGGACAGAGACGGAGCCUCCUCGCGAGGAGCGCAGACAGCCUGACCUCCAGGAGUGCCGGUGCUCGCCCCUGAACGAAGCGGCUGGGGAGGAUGACCACAUAACGCACGAGCACAGCGUGACAAUUGACCAGCCUCCGUGGCGAGCCGUGGAUGAACAUCAGCGCCUAGCACUGUCCUGCCCUCCCGUCGUCACAUACGGGACGUACUGUGGCCUGAGGGCGAUUGAAAAGAUGAGGAGAAGUCAUCAGACAUGGGCUGCUGAGGAAGAGCAGAAAUGUGACAGUGAAUUGGCGCACCCCUCACCGCCAAGGGAGGAGACAACCGAGUUUUCUACACCAGCUGGUUCUGUGGGCUUGUGCCAAAGACCAGCCAGCCAGGCAUCAGAGGGGAGUGUGGGCUCUGUUGGAGUUUUCCCCGCCACUCCGAGCAUUCCGGUAUUGGCUUUGCUGGAGGAUAGCUCAAGCCAAAGUGCCUUAUCCUGUGGGCCAGAGUUCAGCCUGGCUGCUGCUGCUGCAGACCAGGCUACGGACCCUCUUGGUGGACCUGGCAAAGGUCCCAUGGAUCAGCCAUUGUCCUCCCUGGAUUCUACUGAAAAAAUGCAAACGAGUCCAGCAGAACUCUUUGAAGGGAAGGCUUGGGCAGCACCCGUGGUUAUUAACAAGGAUAUAGAAUCAGGAGUCAGACCGGCAGAAACUUCACCCACUCAAGGGUGCUUACUGGGGGCACCUUCAACUGGAGUUGAUUCCAUGCUCCUUGAGACUGGAAGUGCAUGGGUAAAUGUAGAUGCUCUCAAGCUGGGCACCCAGAGUAAGGUUGUUGCUUCUCCACUCCAUGAUAGCCAGCUUUCCCAGUGUUGUAUUUCACUGUCAAGCUCAGGUGAGCCUGAAGGUCAGGAGGGCCCUGUACCAACAGAAGGGGCCAGUGAUGUGCUGCAAUCUGUGCUGGCUUCAACUCAGAAUGAUUCAGGAGAAAGUGACAGCGAGUCGGUAGCAGGCAGCUUUGCAUGCCUGGAAGACAUUGGUCAAGCAGAGGCUUUUCAUUCUGAGUCCAAGCUGUUGGUCGCCUGUGUUUUGAAGAAUGCUUUCACCGCCCUGGAGAAAAUCGAGACCUCUGAGCAUGAAAACCAAGAGCUGCGGAUGGCCAGUACAGCACUUAGCCCUGUUUUUACUGCUGAGAUGGAAGGAGGUAUGGAUGGGUGUUUUCAGCCAACAUGUCUGCAUGUAGGAAGUUGUUUAGAACAAGGUGUCCACAGCCUGUUUCGUGUCCCUGUGGAGCCAAUAACUUCCAGCAGAUCCCUGAUGGAUGGGAGCAGGUCCACUCAGUCCUCAGGGUACCAGUCCAUUGUUGGUUCUGACACUGACAUCAGAAUCAGUUCGGGUAUACUCUCUGAGCCCUGCUCCUCACUGAGUUCUCUGGAUCCGAGGCAGCAGGAGCAGUUUCCUGUGGAGAACCAAAUCCUCAUACUUCCUUUGGAGAUCCGAGACUCUUCAGCUAGCAAGAGUGGAUGCAAUAAAGGGGAAAUUGCUACACUAUCAAGCAUUAAGGUCAGGCCCACUGUUCUGAUGGAAGAAGACUCGCACAAUGAUGAAAAUAGCAGUGAUAUGCAUAAUCAGAACAGUAGAUCAAUCGCAGUUAGCAAAGCCUUCCUUGAAAAACAACGUCUAGACAGGGAUAAUGGUGAUAUAGUCCCCCAAGUUAAUAAUGUAUCUGAGCAACCAGAGAAUUUCUCAGGAAUAAUUGACAAAGACAAUGUACAGGUAGACAGAGCUUCAGGGGACAAUGAUUUUAACGAAGUGCUAUCCACAGUAUCUGGAGAAGUACUGAUCAAUGAAGAACUGCAGGUGUCCAAAGAAUCUACAGAGAGCAAUAGACAGUUCCAUAAUACAUGCAGAUUAUCUGCUCCACUGGGUUCUGUAAAUUUGAAAACUGAGAGUGGUAAGUCAAUGACUGUAGUGGAGAAAGACUACAUCUUUGAAGGACUAGAAAACAAAAUGGAAACCAAAGUGUUUGAUAGGGGACGGGAAAGGAUAGAUGACCUUCAGUUGCACAGAGCUUUCAAACCAAUAAUGGAAGAGGUUACUGAAAUAGCCAUUACGUCAACCAAAUCAGAAUCCUUGCAGAGUUCAGAGGAGCAAUUUGACAGAAGAGGACUGUUGAAUGUAGAAAAGAGUAGAGAUUCCUCAAGCUCCAGUAUGGAUGUCUUUCACAGUCCAAGGUUCAUACAAGAUUGCCUCACUGCUGCUAGAGGUUUGAAAGGUCAGCAAGAACAGUGUGACCCACAGAGCAGGGUAGAUGAAGGCCUCAUUCAAUCUGAGGGUCAAUUGGCAGCUGUCAACAAGGAAGAGGCGGUCUCCAGGAGUGAAGAAAAGGUCCGCCAAGUGACUGAGCUGGGGGAAGAGAAUGCCAUUGAAGAACGAGAGAAACUUCCGGAACAGGAGAGUCAUGCAUUACAGCAGGCAUCCAGCCCAAGUAAUGAGGGCGGGCAGCAGCGGAGUGCAGUAAAAGCCUAUAACUGUGGUCUCCCAGUGGAGCACCAGCAGGACUCAGAGAUACUGGGACAAGGUGCCGGAGUAAGUUUCUGUAACAAUGUUAGCAGCAGGACAUCUGGGUUUAAUGUGCUGAGCAAGAAAGUGCCACCAGAUUUAAUAUACGGGGGCAGCAGAAGUGAGAUUUCUGGGCGCCCACUCUACAGGUUGCAUGAGAUGGACUUCUCUGAGGGUGAGAGCGGGUUCCCAAUCAUAAACGAAGAGGAGGAGAUGGAUGCGGUGUUUGUGAAUGACACUGGGGUGACCCUCAGCCCAACGUCACGGCGAGGCAAGGUGUACCCCUUCUCCCUGUCCCCCAUCUAUGAGGAGGAGGGCAUCCGGGAGGAGGCUUGUGUGGAAGAUCUUCGGGAGCCUCCCAUGAAUGAGGAGGAGGAGCAGCGCAGCAUGGAGCAGAAGGCCUCAUCCAUCCUGUCCUUGCUGCAGUCUGUCAGUGAGCGUCUACAGUCGAGUGCCUUCUGCGACCAGGAGACCUCUGAGACUACCUACCCCCUGCUGCGCCGCCCUUCCUGGGACUGCUAUGGUGAUGAGGAGGAUGCACAGCCAGAGAUUGAGGCCCCUGGCUUCUCAAUGCCCCUGCCUUGUGGCUCGGGGGAGGAAUUGCAGGACCGGCAUCUCGAAAAUGAACAACCUGGAUCUGUCAGCCCGACGAAAGCAAUUGCGAGUACAACACAAACAAAACAAGUUUCUUCACCACAGAAAGGAAUAGAAACAGCUCAGUUUAAGGACAUUUCUAGCACUCCAUUCUAUAAUUACAUACGGUGUGCUAGGUCUAGUGCGCCGCAACGUAAAGCUGAGGACCGUGAAUCUCGUGCCUUUCUGUACCAUGACAAUGGGGCUUCCUCAUUCUCUGCUAGGAAAAAUGUCAUUAAUGAGGAAUCCCAGAAAGCCAUCCCGAGACCCACGCAGAUUCACAUCUACAGUGAGGUGUCCUUCAGCGGGGAGGGGCGGGUGUUCCACACGGACAUAGAGUCCACGGCCGGGAUGCUGUUCCUCCACGGAGCUUCUGUCCGCAUUGCGAGGGGUUGCUGGCUGCUGUACCGUUUACCAGGGUACCGGGGAUCCUGUGUCGCCCUGGAGGAGGGAGAGGCCGUGCUGACCCACACCGGAGGCCUCGGCAGCCCUGACUAUGGCCCCACUGCCAUUGCAAUCGGAUCCAUCAGAAGAGCAGUUAAGGACGACAAUGUCCCGGAAAUCAGCAUGUGGCAGGAGGGCAGAGUCCUACAGCAUCUCCGCUCCGAGUCCUGUGACCUGGGGAGAAACAGGGACGUGGUCCACCUGGCGUGUCUCGCCGUCCAGUCUGGCUGCUGGCUGGCGUACGACGCCGUCGAUUUCACUGGAAGCUACGCCGUCCUGGAGGCGGGCCGGCCGCCGGCACCGGGUCCACAUGGACGGCCGGUCGACCGCGUCCGGUCUCUGCGUCCGCUGAGAAUGGGAGGCUUGACUGUUCGGAAGCCCAUGGAUCCCAAGAUGGUGGUGUACGAGCAGCCCUGCUUCCAAGGACAAAGGGCGGAGCUGGACACCAGUGUUCCGAGUCUGGAGGGUCUUCCAGGCCUACAGGGGGCAGCGUCGCUGCGAGUCAUUGGCGGAGUGUGGGUGGGCUACUCAGAGGAGGGUUACAGAGGGCGGCAGUAUCUGCUGGAAGAGGGUGAACACAGCGGCUUCCAGGAUCUCGGCCUCCCUCGUCAUGCUCUUCGCUCCUUCCAUGUCCUACAAGGGGACUUCAUCGAGCCCUCUGUCUCGCUGCGGAAGGGGCUUGAUGUUCCCAGUGCCAUGGAGAUGAACAUCGUGGACUCUGACGUCCCGGACCUCGAGGCAGUGGGUCCAGCCAGGGGGACCACAUCCUUCUGCGUCGUUAGCGGACUAUGGGUGGCGUACAGUAAGCGAUUCUUCUGUGGAGAACAGCACGUCCUGGAGAAGGGCACCUACACAGGCACUCUGAACUGGGGAGGCGUCAGUGGCCCCGCCUUGUCCAUCCGGCCAAUACGUCAGGAGCUCUGGUCCAGUGGGGAACCCUCAUUUCUGAUCCGGGCAUACAGCCAGCCCCAGUGCCGGGGGGAGAGCCGGGAGUACGAGCACGAGGAAGUGACCCUGCCCCCCCAGGCUGCCAUGUCCUUCAGGGUGAUCAGAGGCAGCUGGAUUCUCUUCGACGAGGAGGGGUGUUCCGGAAACCAGUUUGUCCUGGGGGAGGGCUUUUACCCUGACCUCAUUUCCUGUGGCUCCGUGACCACGUCCAUCAAGUCUCUGAAGCCCGUUCCAUAUAGCUUCUCAGAUCCAUCCAUCAGCCUCUAUUCCCUGGAUUCCUUCGAGGGCCUGGAGAUGGUUGCCGUGACGUCCAUGGAACGUCUGGACGGCUUCUUCACUCAGUCCGUCCGGGUCAACAGUGGAACGUGGGUGGUAUACGAGUACGCCGGCUUCAAGGGCCGCCAGAUGCUCCUGCGUCCCGGGGAUAUCCCCUCAUGGGGGCGGGACAGUGGCUGGGACACCGUGGGCUCCCUGCAUGUGCUGAGACAGCCCAAGAUGUAUGUCCGGCUCAGAAACCGCGCCCACAGCUCUGUGCUGACAGCAGAGGGCGCAUUUACUGGCCCGGCUCCCUUUACCGCGUCCCUCAGUCCCGCCUGUGGCCUGGACACCCAGCUCUGGGUCUUCACCGCUGGGAUGCUCAAGUCUAAGGUCGGGAAAAUGUGUCUGUCUGUGGUUGGUGGGAAGGCGUCACCGGGAGCCCGAGUGGCUCUGUGGCCCCAACUUGGCUGGCAGCACCAGAAGUGGAGCCUUAAUGAGAACGGAACCAUCUCCUCCCAUCUUGACCAUAACCUCGUCCUGGACAUCAAGGGAGGAAGUGAGCUCGACGGGGACCAUCUGGUCACCAGUGACUUCACGGCCGAUCGGGAGAUGCAGUACUGGGACAUAGAGGUGGUGUGAAUUGGGAGCACUGGGGCCAAGAGAUUGACACUGCUCCCUGCUGAAAACAGCUGUCUAGUGCAAGGGGCCUGGAGGAGGCCACACCACCGACUAGCUGCAGCCCCCCCCC